GAAAGGGCUGAACGGCCGUGGCGUACGCCUGGAACAAGGCCACUUUGGUGUUGCUGGUGAACCGACCGCCAGUCAGCAACGAGCGCUCCUCAUCCGACGCCUUGAGGGAUCCUCAGACUGCCAGACGGAGACACUCACCUGGGCACUUCACGGUAUUUGCGAUUUACGCGGCCUCCCUGGAAUAACGGGUCGACCCAGGCAAUCUUUCCUCCCAGCUGCUUCUCCAGGAGAUUUCCCAUCACCGCCAGACCAGCAGGGCCGGCCCCCACGACGACGGCGGCACAUUUCUGGGAUUGAGUCAUUUUUGGAGGAGCCGUGCACGCGGAAAUAGGGUUGAUAGGGCAAGAGGUCACCAAGUCGAAAUGGUGACACAACAAAAACGGGGGGUUUGUUUGGAAGCGAAUCCGGAGCGGGAAGCCAAAGGGGAGGGAGGGGGAUGGGAGGGAUUUAUGGGACGAGCCGGGAAUCCAGGGGAACAGCGACGUAUUGGCGGCGUAAUUCUCGGCGAAACAGGCGAACGAGAGUCACCGCAGGUUUUGGGCGGGAGAGGGGGGAAACCACCUCAGACGGUCUCGAGAUAGCCAAGAAACGUAAAAGCGAUGGCCUAGAUGGCCUAAAUGACCAGAUGGCCGUUUGGCCAGUCAUGGAUUCCCGCCGUUCAGCCAGUCAGGGUGGGCGUCGCGGUGCUGCGCGAAGGGCGGACGUGGCCGAUACCGACGCUCUCGGGCGAGAUGCGCAUCAUUCCAGAGCGACGGUCGGUCAUGCGCUGAUACUGGCGCUGCUCACUGGCUCCCACCGGCGUAUCACCGCCUCUCGCGCGACGGAUGGGUUGUUGCGCAAUCGCUGCGGCCAGCCCCACCCGGGGCCUCUGAAAAUCCUGGGCCGCUUUCCGUCGGCCGUCACAUUUGUGCGGUGCUGGCUGGGGAGUUGGGGGAGGGGGACAGGGCGACGGGGGGAGAGGGAGCAGGGUCACCGUCGGACAGUGGGCAACAUCAUGUCCUCAUCUGGCCGACUGACGGGGGUUGCUCUCCUCGAGUUUGGUCGAAAGGGAGAAAGCAAAGGCAGCGGUGCUGGUCGUGGAGGAAGAGGGCGACUUAUAUCCAGGCGCGCCGAUGACGAGAUUGGGGGGCUUGGCGAAAUGGCGUGAUUGACGUGGGCAAUGAGGUGAUGCUGCCCGGCCUGAUUCGGCAGGCUGCCACCACCACCAACUUGACUAUCCGUCUGAUAUCUGACUAACCAGUCCUUGGAUUCUAAUUGA